AUGUGGGGGGACGGCUUUGACGGCUUCUAUGCGACUGUUGCGCUUGUGAUCUUUGCGAUGGUGCUACCAACUUGUGGGCUUUGGUUGCUGCCAAGAUACUUCCACGCAGAUGUGGAGGCUGAUCGCCUCGAGUUCAAGAACGACGAGCCCGUAUCUCCAAGAUCCUUGGUGCAGCAGCUGGAAAGCGUAAAUGCAGAUACACGGCCGUACAUUUUCAGCGCCGAAUAUGAUGAAGAGCUCGAAAUUGGGACCCAGGACGCGCACUGGCUCUGCGUAGUAUGCAUGGGCGAACUUGAGACGGGAUCUCGCGUUCGAUGCCUCCCUUGUGAGCAUAUCUUUCAUUGCUCUUGCAUUGAUGGCUGGUUGGAUGGUCAUUGCGAUUGUCCUGUCUGUCGCAAGCCAGUGCUGGAGAAUCACCCGGUGACAUCGCCACAACGCUGGCGGCGCUUUGCGUCGCAAAGCAUGAUCUUUGGAGAAUGA